AUGUAUGUCUGUCCGCCUGUCUGUCUGCCUUUCUGUCUGUCUGCCUGUCUGCCCGCUACUUUUGAUUUCUUUCCUUUUAAAAGAAAAUUGUGUUUUUCAUGGACUAAUCAGAUAUCAAGAAUGAUGUCGUCAUCUUCAUCGUCAUCUUCAUCGUCAUCGUCGUCGUCAUUGUCGUCGUCACCUCUACCAGUGGUAGCAAUGAGAACGAUCAGUCAGGUGUUGGUACUGAACGCCAACCAGAGCAUAGUGUUGGAGUGCGAGUUUGACGGUGACGACAGUUACAGCAUGUUCCAGUAUCCAGCCGUUUGGCUGAAGCACCAGAAGCAUGAAGUGACGGCAGUGAAUCUAAUGAGCAACAUACUCCCUCCCUUUCUACAAACCUCUAGGUUCAACGUGCACCUCACAGAUCGGCACCAUAAAUACAAACUUAGACUACAUAUUCAUAAUCUUUCCUUGUUUGACACGGGCAACUAUACAUGUUUGAUAAAAGGAGACAGAUCUACAAAUCUGGCUUCUGUCACACACUAUCUUUUCGUCAAAGGUAGGGUAGAGAGCAUUGAGAUACGCGCUGACUCGCAUCUUUUGCAUCUUAAUAACAGUAGCACCACCAACAACAACAACCACAACAACAAUCACAACAUCAACAACGGGAACGUUAGUAGCAGCAACAGAAAUGACAUCAACGCCGGUUUACACAGAUGCCCUGACACCGAAAAGAAAGAUGAAUGUCACAAUUUUCUCGUGCUAAACAACUGCUCGUCAAUACAUUAUAACAGCAACACCAAUGUCAACCAUUCAAAAUCUCAUUCCAACUCAUUUUGCAUGUCAUCAUCGCCAUCAUCGUCAUCAUCAUUUCCGCUGACAUUGACCUUCAUAGAAAAUCGACCGACCUUGAUCACUUGUUUUUGCACUGGUGGCACUCCUCCACCAAUCAUGUCCCUUUAUUUUUCAGGUCACGAGGUCACUGGCCUCUUCCACGUGCUCAGUAACUUCACGCUCGUUGGUCAGAAGGGAUUGAGACGAAUCGUACAGAGAACAGAAAGAUGGUCUGACCGAAUGUUCUUCACUGCUGAAGACGACAACAAACAAAUCAGAUGUUCAGCCAGUGUUUCUGGUUUGAUUUCAGACACAUCAGCCAUUGCUCUGAUCAACGUUCUGUACAAGCCGAUAAUUAUUUGUUUCCAUGCGGAAUCUCGCUUAAGUGCACUGAACGUUCAUUUGAAAUGUCACGUGACUGGUAAGCCAGAGAUGACGUCAUUGUUCUGGACGAUAGAGAACGAAAAUGGAACGCUUAUAAAUUUGCAUGAAGGACAACUUGCUUUUGAAUUUUGGACUCUUGUAAUGGACUUGAACAACGGCAGCCUGGAAAUGAAACUGUUCAUGAGGAGGGCGAGUGUGAAGCACUUCCGGGACUACACGCUACUGGCCAGCAACAGCGUCGGCACCACCUCACACGUCGUGCGGCUUCAUAGAAUUGAGGAAAAAGAAUCGGAAAGAAAUUGGUUGAACCAUCGGACGGAGCAUCAAAAGAAAAUGUUUGACGCUGGUGAUAACAAUUUGAAAGACGAUGAACAACAAUCUGAAUCACAUCUCCAUCCUCAUCUCCAUCCUCAUCAUCACACUUUCAAUUCUUCAACUCAUCGCAACAAUUUUGAAAAGGAAAAGGAUCAUUUUAAGGAUGAUUUCAACAACACUCAUCGAUCUGUCAACGCUGACAAGAUGCUUGAAGCUGAUCACAUAAGAAGGCAAAUGACAGAACACUUCCAAUGCAGCGGCACGGAACAAACAGUAUAA